CUGCCGUUCAGUUGGGCACGAGAAGCCGGCGCGAGAAGUUCACACGAAGUCGGGAGUUGGUGCGUGAUGUGCUUUUGAAAAUACACACAAGUGAAUAAAUCCGAAAUAAACCGCCUCACGAUGAGCAAGAAAAUGUGGCAUAAGAUUUUCAAAUCCAAGUCGCAGAAGGCGCCGCCGCUAACCAAAAUCAACAAGCGACAUAGUCGCAUAGUCUACGAGGAGUACCAGCAACUAAACGAUCUGCUGGACGGCGAAAAAGAGCAGCUGAAUUUCAGCAACGAAAAGGAAAAUGAGCAUGAAAAUGGAAACGGCCCUGCCUGUGGAAAUGGAAAUGGCAACAUUAACGUUUUCGAACAGCAGCCCCUGCAAAGUUCUUUCAACUCGUUGGAGUUUAGUGAAGCGCAUCAGCAGCAGCAACAGCAGCAGCAGCAACAUCAGCCAAAACAACAGCAGCAACAGCUGUCAACGUUUUCGCGCGUUCGCAACACAUUUUCCAUUAGACGCAGCAGCAACAACAGCAAGAAGCUGGCCAAUGCCAAGUCAACAGCGAUCGGCACCACGGAUCCCGAGGCGGAAGACCCGAUGCGGGGCGCGGAUGGGGAUCCGCUGCCCCCGCCGCCACUGACCUCCGACUCCACCAUUCCGGUGCCGGAGUUCGUGCCCGACCAGGACACCCAGCUGACCCCCUGUCCCUGCUGCAGCCGCACCUUCAUCACCAGUGCCCUGCGCAAGCACGUCAUCAUCUGCGAGAAGUCCUCCAAGAAGCGCAAGAUCUUCGACUCCUCUCGCCAGCGCCGCGAUGGAACCGCUCUCUCCACGUACGUGCUGCCCAAGAACUUCGGCCUUCCCAAUGCGGAACGCACGGCGGGAUUGCCGUCUCCUCCGAUCACCAGUCGCGAGGCUACGACCACUGCAAUGGCUGCCGCUGCUCCUCCAGAGCCAGUGAACUCGCCUGCGCCAGUGCGUCGAAAGUCGCAAACCGAGAUGGUUCGCUCCACCGCCCGAGCCUCUCUGCGCAAGGCGGCGUCCACACUCUCCUCUGGUUCGGCCGCCGAGGCGCCACCCGGUGGGGCACCUGCUGCUCCGGCGGCUCCGCUCGUGCGUGAACGAUCGCUGGCCAAGCGGAUCAAGGCACCGGCCGGCGGUCGCUGCCCCCACUGCGAUCGCUCCUUCAACCCGAAGGCCUUUGACCGGCAUGUGGAGUGGUGCAAGGAGAAGGCCAUCCAGAACAACAUGAAGUCCACCAACAGCCAGGAGACGAGCAAGGCGAAGGAGCGCCUGGAGGCGAGGAAGCAGUACAGGCCCCCGAAUCUCAAGACGAAGAGAUCGCUGGCCCGGGACAAGUACUCUGGAAACCACGAGGAGCUGCUGGAAGCGGGUGAGAUGACGGCACCCAAGCCGAAUAUGAUGUCCCUUUCGAUGACGUCGUCCGUGCACAGUGAUAACACUCAAGCUCAAGUGGUGCGACCAAGAACCUCGGCGGGAGCAGGAAGUCGCGGGAGGACAGCGGCCACCAAGAACCAGGUCUACAUGGCCCAUGAUGAGGAUCCGCCAUCCUCACCGCCUCCCAGGGACCGUGAUGCAGUGCGUCGGUCCAAGCGCAAGCAGCAGGAAUCCUGCAGCGAGAUCGACGACACUAUGGAGCGACUGAGGCGCAACGCUGGUGGAGAUUCCCUCCAGUUGGCCAAGCUCGAUUGCGCGGAGGCGCCAGUGCUCCAGCCGGCCAGUCGCCGCAAGACCGCAGCCAAGCGGGACAAGGUGGAUGCGGGCGACAAGGAGAUCUGUCUGCCCAACCAUCCCCAAGUAACCAUGACAUUCGACGAGCUCAAUGGCCUGAUCAAGCGCAAAGGCGGCACUCCCAUUUGCAAUGUGGAAAUGGAUGAGCAGGAAAUCGCUAACUUGACUUCCAAGUGCUCAUCCACAUCUCUAGUGCGUCAGGCGAGGCGUCGCAUUCGCACCAGGGAGAAUCCUAAUCUGGAGUUGCGAGCUCUGCCGCCGGGUUCGGUGAUCUCCAAGGACGUGCACUUUGCCUCCCUGGACUCCAGUUUGGCGCCCCUGCAGGGAAUGCAGUACAAAGCCUACUCUGGAUCGGAUGAGGAUUCGCCAAGGGCAGAGAUCCAGAUAAAAAUGGAGGCCACAACGAUGCGCACAGUGUCCCGCCCCACGAAGAGAUCAGGUCAGGUGAUGAGCAGCUCGGAACCGAUGCGUGCCUUGCCCAUGUCCGGACUGAAGCAAAGUUUGGAGGCCAUUAACCAGUCGAUGGGACAGACGGUGCUCCCGAGAUUGAAGCUGGGCAACGAGAGGCAGGACUACGAACCGGAUGCAGAUGAGCCGGACAAUUAUACCAGCGACCUGAACGACGAAGCGGAGGAGGAGGACCUCAUGAGUCGCGCGGCCAAGCUAAUCGAGCGGGCUCAGUGUAGUCCCAAUCCCGGCCUGCUGGAUGAGCCAAGUGAGGAGGAAGAGGAGGAGGGGACGGUGCUGAAACUACCUCCUUUGACCAAACAGAACAGUAACGUCAGUCGCCGUUUGGUGCUCCUGGAACAGGAUGAGAACGGCACCAUGUACAUUAAGUCGGCCCCCAGUGCCAAGCGCCGUUCGAAUAGCGGCCUGGGGGACAAGUACGAUCCCUUCCUCUCGGCCAAGCGUCAGCUGGAGGAGCUCUGCUCGCCCAACACGCCGCCGCCAGAGGAGGAGGUGACCACCACCACCCCCAGCAUCAGAAACUUGACACCUAUAUCUACAACCACACCGACCGCCACACCCAGUAUCGCCAUGACCACCUCAUUGACCACGGCGUUCGGUAAGCCGGCCCAAGUCGCCCAGAAGACCACGCCCACCUCCAAUUUCCGACGCACUUCGUCGCUGCGAGGACCGCGUCGCACGCCCAUGCUGAACAGUCGCCCGCUGUUCGCCACCAACUACCGCCCCACCAUCCAGCGGGGUCUCUCCGACGAGGGCCCCAUCUCCACGAACUUCCUCAAGCCGGAGGAGUUCGACGAGAUGCCGGUGCGGGCUGCCUGCGGCAACGACUUCCACAGUCCGCGGGUGGUGCGUCGGGAUGCCAGUGCCUCCAACCGCAAGCAGCUGCUCAAGUUGCCCGUGGGCGGGACCAGUGAGGCCGGCAACGCAUCCCAAGCCGGACGCAGUGUGGCCAAAACGGACUCGCUGGCCGUGUUCCUCAAGUACGAGCACGAACUGGAGCAGCUGAAUGCCAAGGCGGCGGAGCUGGCAGCCGCCAGUCAGUUGACCAGCAAGGAGCAGAAGGACAAGAGCAACACGCUGAGCAAGCAGAACUCGGCCAAGAGCCUGGGGCAGAGUACUCCGACCCAGCUGCCGCCAUUGACUCCCACGGCAGUGCCGCCAUCGCCAGGUGCGGUGAAGGAGGUGGGCUACCCGCCGGUGGCCACGCCCCUGCGAUUGGAACCCAUCAGCAAGCCGGCGAUGAACCCACCCACACCCCACACACCCAUUAAACUGGAGAGCAUCUUUGGUCCCAGGAGGGAAACGGGAUUGGGUUUGGGUUCGGGAUCAAGUUCAGUGGCCAGCGAUUUCAUAGAUCCCAAGCUGAUAAACGCCUGCGACAAUCUGCAUGUCAGCAGCGGCAUCUCCUCGGACGCCAGCUCCACGCCCCAGCAGCAGUUGUCCCAGAGCCGGAGCCGGAGUAGCUCCCAGUCCACCAUCACCCACGAGCGGAGGCAGUCGGGCGAGGCCAGGAACCUGCUGAAGAGGAAGAUGCGACUGGGACGCAACCAGUUUCUGUACGAUGCCUCGCCAGAGGACGCGGACGCCUCCUCGGGCUGCUCGGCGGACGACGAGGCCAAUCGCUCGUCCAUGGAGUACGACGAGCAGUGCUGGCAGCAGCAGCAGAAGCAGCUGCUGGCCAAUCCGCUGCCCCUGGUCAUGCCCAUGGUGCACAGCGCCAUGCCCACCUUCGACGACUUUGACUUCGAGGAGUUCCUCUCCUCAUUCGAAAACGAGAAUGACGACGAGCAGUUCCCGCUGUUCAAGGACUGUCGCGAGUUCCUCCUGAAUCGGUCGACGAGCAGGCAACGCUCGUUCCAGAAAGCGACUUCUUCGACGACACAGACGACAGCCACACAGAUCACCACCCUGCACAGCCACCAGUCCAAGGUUAAAGACAGUCACGCCCACAGGUCGGAGUCCAAGAUGCCGGAGGAGCGACUGCAGCGGCAGCAGUCGAACGCCUCGAUUGCCAGCAGCCAGGAGGAGAAGGAGAAGGAUGGACGCCGGGAGGUGGAGAAGCGGACGCCCGCCGAGGAUCAGCCGAAGCGGGAGAUCUUCAUCAGCAUCGAGACGGAGGCCAAUGCCCAGGGACGCUCGCCCAUCUCGCCCGAGUCGCUGCGCCACAUGGUCGGCAAUGCCCAGACGCCCAUCGAUGUGCUGCACAUCGAGAACGGGAACGAGCCGGAGCACGCCAGGUUCAGCAAGAUCAGCGACACGGAGGAUGCCGCCGACGAGCCCGGGGAUCGGGCCAGCCAAGCCACCAGCCGACUGGCCCCAUCCUCGGGUGGCUCCGCAUUGGCGCCCAACGUGCAGCUGAACAACGCCAAGAAUAUGAUCCAGCGGAUUCACGGCGACUACCGGCAGCUGGGCGAGGAAGCCGGUGCCUCCGUGCGGCGCAUGAUCAUCGUGGGUAACGGCGGCAGGGGCGAGGAGCAGCUGCAGCAGCCGAGCAGGGAUCCCAAUCCGGUGGGUCAGGGUCAGCAGCAGCAUGCGGUGAAGGCCAACUCCCCAUUGACGCCCUCGCCGUCGGCGGACUCGGAUGAGCUGAGCAGCCUGGACGGCUACCCGAUGUCCUCGUCGCAGGGAUCUCGUCGCGGAGCCAGCUCCAAGCUGAGCUCGGAUUCGGCAUACGGCAGCAGCAACUCACCUUACAGCUUGUCGCGUCAGCGCUCCACCGAACUCCAGCCGGGCACGCCCCGAUCCCAGGGACUCCUGCGUCCGCACACGGCCAGUGCCAAGUUACCCGGCUCCAUGUCGGAUGCCUCCACGCAGGCGCAAACCAAGUACGGGACCCUCAAGGCGCGCCAGCGGCUCUUCGCCCCAGAUUGUGGCAGCAAUAACGGCAACGAAGAUGGGGCCGAGUCGUGCAGCAGUGGGUCGGAUAACUCCCUUGCCGCGCAGCCGAAACAGCAACAGCAGCCGAGCAGCAACUACAACUACCAGCAGCAGCAGGCCCAGGCCCAAUCCCAAUCCCAACCAGCUUACAGCACUAACAACAACAAUGUACCGAUGACACCCACCACAUCGCAGCACUCCCUGCUGAGCAACUCGUCCAUGAGCUCAAGUAUGAAGAUGUCGAAGUUCUGCCACGAAUGUGGCGCCAAGUUCAUCAUCGAGCACGCCAAGUUCUGCAUGGAUUGCGGAGUGAAGCGGGUGGUGCUCUAGACUAACCCCACGUAGCCAUUGAUUUCAGAAGCUCACACUCACAGAACACAGAAAACGCAACACCCUGAACACCAAAACACUCGCCCCGAAUCCGAAUCAGACGACUCCGCCGAUGAACCCUGGCUGGAUCGGUCUUGGGGUCUAAAAUAUACCAAAUGUAGUUGUUUAACGCAAGCAGUUUACGCAUAGCGCUAACAUCGCCCAUAUACAGAAUAAUAAUAUAUAUUUUAAUACAAACCAAAACAAGCGAGACAAAGGUUUUGAGUCGAGCGAACUUUAAUUAAUCGAACUAAACUUGGUAUUUCUUUCGUAAACAUAUUUCUCAUCUUCGAUUGCUUAAAAAAAACGAAAAACGAACAAAAAGCAACUUAACUUAAACAAACACUUUAACAAAGUUGUUGAUUAACAAAGACUGAACGAAUUUAAACGAUAGAGCGUUGAAAAAAAAAUGGAUUAUGUAAUGUGACGAGAGCGAAACUAUUUUUAAACAUUUUUCAAAACCUAACGCAGCAACUCCAUUGUAUUUGUAUUUUGUAAUCGUUUUACUAAUUAUAUAGACACUGCUUAAAUAUAAAUAUAUGAUAAUGCAUACACA